AUGGAGGUUCCUCAAGACUCCAUGGUUGAAGAGAGAGAAGAGUACAUGGUUUCACCGACUGGUGGAAACCCAUUUCUCAGAAAAGCCUACUUUCUCAAACCCACUUUGCCAUCCUCCGCAAAGGAACCUCCUUGGAAGCUGCCUUAUUGUUUCUCCUCCCUCCCAUCCCAUUUUGAGCCAAAGAAGAAAUGGCCUUUGAAGGUUAAAUUCCCAGGAUGGCGUAGGAUCUCAGAAGACUUCAUAACUUGGGUCGACCGCUUAGCUUCUGUACACGAAUCUACAUGGAAGAAAGCUGGUAUUUAUGAAGCAAUUCUUAGUUCAAGGUACGAAAUAAGAAGGCAAGGCGAUUUGGCUUGUGGGUUUGCUGAGAAAUGGUGCUCUGAGACCAAUUCCUUCAUUUUUCCAUGGGGCGAAGCAACAAUCACGUUGGAGGAUGUUAUGGUUUUAGGAGGUUUCUCGAUUUUGGGGCACUCUGUUUUAAGCCCACUUGAAACCACAGAAUCGAAAGAAAUUGAGGAGAAACUAAAUAAAGAAAGAAGAACACCUUACAGGGAUGUGUCUAGGGAUGUUCUUGCAAGCGAAUGGUUGAAGAAGUUCAGGAACAGUGGGACCGAAUUCGAGCAUGAAGCUUUUCUUGCCUUAUGGUUGUCGAGGUUUGUUUUUCAAGGUUCUAGUUGUGGAAUACAUAAGCAUGCUAUAUCCAUUGCAAUUCAUUUAGCUUGGGGGACCAGAAUUGCCCUUGCACCUGCUGUUCUUGCUAGCAUUUAUAGAGAUUUGGGUUUGUUGAAAAGGGAAAUCGUAGCUUCAAACCAAUUGAAAAGAGGUCGUGCUACUUCAGAGGCUAUUCUUAGGUCACCAUUUCAGUUAGUUCAGGUUUGGGCAUGGGAAAGGUUCUCGGAACUUAGGCCAAAGCCCAAUGAUAUUAAUUAUACUGAGCCAAGAAUGGCGCGAUGGGAAGGAGUUGAUGGUCUCAAAGUCAAAAACUUGAGAAUUGUUUUGGACUCAGCUGGAGAAGAUUUCAUGUGGCGCCCCUAUGCCAUGGCCAUGGAGAACUGGCAUUUACCUAACUAUUAUCCACUUAAGGAAAAGUGGGUUUUGGUUGGUCCAGAUUUGGAUGAUGAAUUACUGUCCUUUGUUAGAUGCUUGAGGGUCAGUGAGCUAGUAGGACUUGGUACUAUAGAACACUACCUUCCUCAUCGCGUUGCUAUGCAAUUUGGAUUUGAUCAAGAACUUCCAUGCUUUGUUACCCGUCGUUGCAAUGCUGAUGUAGCCUGGAAGCAUUACAACAGGGAAAUCAAGAAUGUUAAGUUGUAUCUUCCACCUAGGCUCUUCGAGGCGGAUGUUAGCACAAAGUACUUGAAAUGGUGGAAGCAAUCAGUGUUAGGUCUCGAAGAUGCAAAUGAAGCUGCUGUGCCACAGGAAAAGAAAGAUCAGAGUGUCACUUGCUCGCUACUAAGGGCUAACCACACCCCUGCACCUCCUAGUUUCCCUCCCAAAUGGGACAGGAUGGAAGCUCCUAUAAAUGAAGAUAAACUAACUGCAUCAGAAUUUUUGAAAUAUAGUAGGACUAAGAAGCAUCGAAAUUUGGAGAUUAGACAAGAUGGUGACAGUGAUAAAUUAUUAUCAGAUAAAGUCCAAUUGGCAUCUCCAAUUUCAGAGAAAAAAUUCAAUACGGACAUGGUAAGCAUCGUCGGAAAUGAAUGUCAUAGCCGUAGCUCUUUAUUUGAGAAAGGUCUAUUGGAGUUUGAGAAACGAGAUUCAGAGCUUGAAGUUAGGUUUAAAAGGCUUGAAAGUGUGGUUCAGGAGUUAAAAGCACAUAGGUUGAUCAAAGACAGCCCUCCGUUGAGUUGGUAUUCCUAA